AUGAAACUCUCAGCCCUGAUUCUUGUGCUCGCUCUGAUUGUCUGCGCCGUGAAAGCACAAGCCGAAUUUGAUGAGGAAAAUGGAUACGCAAAGAGAUCCAUGAGGAAUGCGUUGGUCAGAUUUGGACGAUCUGGAAUGCGAAAUGCGUUGGUGAGAUUCGGAAAACGAUCGCUUGGAAAUGAUUACGCGGAAGCCAAGAGAGCUCAGAGUGCCCCGGAACCAUUUGGUAAGGUUUAUGACUGUAGGACGUUAGAAAAAACACCCAACAAAAGUUUGAAAAGUUGAGUUGAUGAUAACAAAAUCGUUUCAGUCCGAUUCGGCCGUUCAGCUCCAUCACAUUUUGCCUUAUACGACUACUACGACAUCUAG